UUGGACAAACUGAGUGUAUUUGUCAUUUGUGUCGAACGACAAUAAAUACAAAAACUCGCAGAAAUUGACUGGUGAUGGAUGUUAAAAAACCGUGAUUUGUAAAAAAAAGUUUAUAAAAUAACUCAGGAAAAUAAAUUGGUAGCUAUUAUUACAACUACGAGCUGCAUGCAAAGUGUGAGUGAAAAUGUGUUCAACGUAACAAAAGUGAAGUGAUAAAGUGAAAUAUUGUGCAUAGCAGAUUUUUCUUUGUGGAGUAGAGAAAACGAAAAGAAAAAUUCCAACACAGCAAUAAGUGAAAAAGCUGUACAAAUCGCUAAAAGCUGUUGAUUAAGUAAAAGUGCAGACAAAGAAAAAAAUAAAAAAUGCAGUGAGUGAUAAUUAUUGCUAUACGUAGUCUUGAUAGAGUCGGUUUUAUUUGUAUGACUGGGACAGCCCGAAAAUGGUGUCGCUGAUUAAGAAUCAACUCUUGAAGCACCUCUCAAUCUACACGAAGAAUUUGUCAUCGGAUAAAAUUAAUUUAAGCACAUUUCGUGGUGAGGGGGAUCUGGUGAAUUUACAGCUGGACGAAGCAGUGCUCACUGAACUGUUAGAGUUGCCUUCAUGGCUACGACUCACAUCGGCUUGGUGCAAUCAUGUGUCCUUUCGUAUUAGCUGGACAAAACUGAAAAGUGUGCCAAUAACGCUGACACUGGACGAGGUGAACAUCAGCGUUGAAACCUGUGAUCCGAGCACCAGAAAUCAGGAUGCCAAUUCGCCGGGUGGUGUUGGGAGUGGAGGUGGCAGUGCCGGCGGUGCAACGGCUCAAUCAUCACUGCCACAGGUGCCGCAGGGCAAAUAUAGUUUCAUCCACAAGGUGGUGGAUGGCAUUACCAUUAUUGUAAAUACGGUGAAUGUGAAAUUCUUGAGUGCAGCGUUCACGGCCUCAGUGCAGAUGUCCCGUAUCCGCGUUGAAUCGAAAACCCCCAAAUGGGCCAAUGCCGAUCUACGUUUUACGCGCCUCAAAGACGUCCAAAAAGGCAUCAUACUUAUCUUCAAAGAGCUCUCCUGGCAAACGGUGCGCAUCGAGGCCAGUUCUACGCAGGACAAAUCGCUAACUCCAUUACGUUUGCUCACCAAUCAGGCGCGCUGUCGCAUCACUUUACGAAAACGUCUUUCCGAUUGUACGCUAUUGGCCUCACGACUGGUACUCAUACUCGACGAUCUCCUCUGGGUGCUCACUGACUCGCAGCUAAAGGCGGCCUUACACUUUGUCGACUCCUUAUCUGGUCUAAUCAAAGCGGCGACACAUGCAACACAAAAAAAGAAUGCGGCUAGAAAAUUACAGACUCUGCCCGAGUAUCAGGCGUUGAUAGCGCAACAACAAAAUCGUCAGUUUGAUUCAGCGAAAACAACCACAGCCCAGAAAAUGUUCAAUGCUUUCGACGUGCGCGAAACUUCCUAUCAUUUUUUCAGUCAGCGCAUCGAUUUGCAUUUGUGUGACGAUGAAGGAGAUGGCCGUUCAACUUAUCCGGAGUUAGAUAAAGGCGGUGCUUUACAAAUAUCUGUGCAAGCAUUCCAAGUAGACUAUUAUCCUUAUCAUCUGGCCAAAUCCGAUCGCGCACAUUGGGCGAAAUAUCGUGAAGCAUCCGUGUCACCGGCGCUGUGGCUAAAAGAAUCCCUCAAUACAUUCCGCGAAGCUGUACUCAACCUAAGUCAACCCAAUCGCCCUUCCACCCAUGCCCCGCUCGAGCGCACUGCACCAACUUCUCCUGUGGCACUGAAUGUGAAUGCACUACAAUCGCAAACGCCCGCAUAUGCGGCCACAGUGGGUGGUACACCACCUGUUGUUGCGGCGUCAGGUGCAAAUACGCCUAAUCGCCCUAGCAGUAGCGGGGGUUCAGGCAAUACUUCGGCGUUCGCUAGCCAGGUGACGCAAGCGCAGCAACAGAAGGCGACACUAGAUAAUUUAGCGAAAUUGAUGAGUGCCUGUGUUGUGUUGCGUAUAGAAGAUUUCACAUUGUACCGCGUCACUACGUCGGGUAGAAAGCAAAUGCCCAAGGAAUUUGUGUCGGGUGAUAAGGAACGCUAUUCGUUCCCCUCUGAUAUGUCCAUCGUACAUGCCGAGUUUACUUACUUUUAUUAUCCCGGUGAUUUUAUAUUUCCUUUGCCGCCGUCCAAAGUAUUUGUUCACAUUAAUCCCUUACAAGUGCACUUCGAUCUAAGUUCCAUACUCUGGCUUAAUUCAUUUGCUCUGAAUUUACAUGAGAGCCUAUUGCGCACCAGCGUCGGCUCGACGAGUGGUGCUUCUUCCACCGCACGCGGUUCAAUCUCUUCGAAUGGCUCGCAACGCGCUCAAGGUUCGCAGGGCUCACAAGACUCGCAAGCCUCACAAUCGGCCGCGUCACAGGCAGAGCAAGAGCCCGACCUCAUGUAUAUGGAUGUGAAGAUUGAAGCGAUUAUGCCUCGCAUUAUUAUCGAGUCGAGCGUAGAUGUGCCCAAUCAAAAGGAUCGUCCAAAAAUCAUGCAAAUACAAAUCUCCCGUUUCGCCAUAACCAACAUACGCGAAAUGGGCUCAUCGCGCGCUGAUUUGGCGCAAGCAUUACAUUCAUUGCAGGAGGGUUCGCUAGUAUUUGGCACGGAAUUUCCAUCGGUGGGUGGCGAUAUGUGUAUUGUUACUGAUCGCAUACUUUCGCAUGUGGCCGCCGCGGAUGUAGGUGCCUCGGCUACGACGAUACCAACAACAGCAACACAAAUCCCAACGCUAAUACAGCAGCCGAAAUCCGCAUCAACACAGAAUUUAACACGCUACGCCAUGUGGUCGGAACCGCGCGACGUGUGGUGUAUUAAGUUGGAUCCGGUGUGGGUGGACUUCUUGGGUGCACGCUCCUUAGGGCCUAAUAAAUCAAUACCAUUCGUCGAUGCUGUCCCCAUAACGCUGUGGCUUCACUCUGGCGCUAAUCCCAUGCCAAAGUCGACUGCGGGCAGUGCCACUAACAAUUCGUAUGCAUCCAGCGCGAAAGGUUCUUCCGUUGAAACGAAUAUCAAUUGCAUGGAUUAUGCGGAUAGUCGGAAUUUGCCGCGUAAUCCAUUUCUCAGCGAAGAGGAUGUGCGUAUGGGGCUGGAUUGGAAGCAUUAUCGCGCAUUUAAUGGUGCCGAUCCUAGUGGCGGCGAUACUACGGCUGGUGGUAGGGCGAACGAAGGUCCCGCCGCCGCCGCCUCCAACACUGAACAUACCGCCGAUAUGCAUGUCAUUGCGCACAUUUCCAAUUUGGUGAGUGUGCAAAUCGAUCACUAUCAGUACUUGUUCCUAUUGCGGCUUGCUGAGGAAAUGACAGAGAUGGCCAUGUUCCUGUCAUUGGAUGCCGAGCGUAUUUUACAAAAGCAAAAUACGAAGAAAUCGAUGAUAUUCGGUUGUGUUAUACCGCAAAUUGAAGUAACACUCGUGAUGCCAUCGCAAACACCUGGUAAGGAAUCGAGUGGUGGUGAUGCUGAAAGUGUCUUACUCGAUUCAACUAGUGUGGGUGAUGAUUUACACAGGAAUAGUACAAACACUAUAUGGCCUACACCACCGCUGGAGCAAGUCAAGAGCAAUAUUUAUGGCAGUGUGGAAACACCUUCUCCGGUCACUACUGAGCCACUCUACGAUGGUGGCUUCCAUAUCUCCAAUCCCAAUACACAUGGUUAUAAUGUACAAAUACAAAGUACACCAACGGUUGCGUCCUCCACACCCAGUCAGGGAUCACGUCCCGACACUGGUGUUUAUUCGCAGUCCAUUACAGCAUCGACGAAAAGUGUACGAUCAACACGUACCUCCACCACAGGCGAUGCGACCAGCAUAACGAAAGAAAUCAAUUCUAGUCUCAUGUCUAUGAAGAAAGGCUUUUCCAGUUUUAUGACGUCCAUAGAUUCGGCCAUUAAGUCGGGCGCACCAAAUGAUGAUACAAGUGAUACAUUCUCCAUACAAAGUGAUAUUAGCUCUGAUUCGGAAAAUUUUGCCAUAGUUAUGGGCGAUGAUAAAACCAUAGAUUGCAUUGAUGUGAUGUUUAGAUUAAAUCCCUUCACCAGUGACAACAAUUUGAAGGCAUCACCCGUCGAGGUGGCCAGCGAGGUGCUUGAGGAGCCCUGUUAUAAUAAAACCAAUUUAUCAUCACCCUCAGAACCGUCUGAAGCGAGCACGUGGCGUCGGCGUGACUUAGUUUCUAUGGCUACUUUUAGGCUAACCACAGUCGAAUUGAUACGCCAAAACGAAGGCAAUUCGUCAUCAUUGCGCGUACAGGUGGCAGCUGUUUCGUGUGAUGAGUGUGGCGCCAUUCCCUGGGAUGAAUUGCAGAAAGCCCAACAAGCAAAGAAGAACAAAUUUGGCGCGCGUUGUAAAGCUUGGAAUUUGGCGCCCUACAAUCCAGAGUUGCCGCCAUGCAUACGCUUACGCUUGGAGGAAACAAUGAACCCACCGCAAGGCAAUGUAAGCAUCAACGACAAGAAGUCCAUACAGAGUUGGAUCACUCAUAACGCGGAGGUGCGUGUGAAGGAUGUUAAUUUGGAUUUGUCCAUGAGCACCGUAAUAGGUUUGGGUGAUCUGGCCGAAGAUGAAAUUAUCACUAACUCGUUGCCUGUUACUGUGCAUGUGGAAAAUGUGAAAAUAAACUUAAUUGAAGAUCGUCCACCUGUUAAUAUUACCUCACCGGGUCCAGUGCCAAUACGCUUGGCCAUAGGUCGCAUGCGUAUUCACCGUGACAAGAAUGGCAUUGUCAAUAUUCAACCUAUAGAAACCAGUUUUAAUGACGCCGCCUCCUUAAAUUAUCCACUCACAGCUGCCGCUGUGAAACCACGCGAUCGCGAACGUGAUCGUGAAAUACUUUCAAUGCAGCUGGUUAUGCAACAACUAAAAAUGGACAAUGAUAAUUUGCGAAGACAGUUGGUAAAUGCGAAAGAAAAUGCCGAUUGCUAUAGACAAAAGAGCAAACAAGAUAAUGAUGUGCUGCGUUCAUAUCUCAAAGCGGCACAAGACGACAUAACCAUACUUUUGGAAGAGAAAAAGGCCUUACUGGACACGAUACGUUCGCUGCAGCUUCAACUGACAUCAUCGAAUAUAAAUAGAAAAGGCGAUGGCAACAGGUAACACAACUGCAUGGAUUGCAUACAGUGCUGCGGCGAGAAUAACAAUCCAUGAAAUACAAUACCACCAGCAACGGCAACAACAACUACAGCAGCUACAAUAUCAGCAACACGCAUGCGGCGAAGGCUAAGUAAUGCAUUCCUUACUUUGUCUAUUUUCAAUUCAUGCCGAAAUUUGCGGCAAUCGUCGAGGGAGCAAUACAACCAAUAACUGUUAUUUGGUUAAAACAACAAAUAUUCCGUGCAAAUGUACUCGUUAAUGUACUAUAUUUUACUCUAAAAACUUACUCUUUGUUGUUUUUUUUCAUUUCUAACACUUAACUAAAAUUUAUCUAGGUUUUAAAAAGACUGAAUAUCGCUUUGCGCUGUGUUGUUCAAGAGUAAGAAAAAUAAAAUGCGUUAUUUAAUUUCGAUAAAAACAAAAUGCUCAAAAUUUGUGUUUGCAUAGCGAAUUGAAUUUCUAACUCAGCUUUGAUUAUUUAGUCACUCGCCUAUGUUUUCUGUUUAGCUAUAACUAUUAUACAAGGUGGCACUAGACUAAUCAAUCUAUUGGAAGAUUUAUAAUUUUUUGCAAAUGGCGUCGUACGUCAAUCGUAAUUGACACUUGUGAACUCGACAGCUGCAUUAGACAAACAGAAAAGCAAUGGAGCGUUCGUCAAAAUAAAGAUUCCCAUCACUCAAAAAAGUUAGUAAAAAAGUUAUACAAAAACCAAAUUGGAUGACAAAUUUUGCGCCACUUUGUAUUACUUAUAUAAACCUCGAUCAUAUUGAACAUUGCGACCAAUUAUUAAAAGUAUCCAAAUACGUGCGGCUUUAGGUGUCGAAGUGAGUUCCAAAGAAUAUAUUUUUGUGAAAUUGAUUGGGAAUAAUGUCCAAUCGGCGGUCACAAAAGCGUUUAGCCACGUGAGCAUGUUAAUCACUGCUUUUUUAUAUGGGCGAAAAUAUUGUCUGCGUUGCAACAUAAGCGGAAAACUUAAAAGCCAUUGUAAGUGCAAAAGAGAUUACGAUCCGUAUGUAUUCGUAUGCCAUCGUCCCACUCAGAUAAUACGAUAGACGAAUCGCGUAAUUUAUUCUUUGUACGAUUGCCGAUACGUUUACGGAUGGGACGAUUCGAGCGCUGUUGACUCAUUCAAUUCAGUCAGAUUCUCAUGUCAGGUCUCUGGGGACCGUCGCUGAUCUUUCCCACAAGCAGAACAGUAUUUCCGAACUUUAUGGACGUCUCCUUACCUUUUCAAGGAAGUGAUUGAAUAUUUUUUUGUUCCUCGAAAUGGGCGCUCGUUGCCACCCACAUUCUGAGAUAGUUUGUUUUUAUGGGAAUUUUUGUAAUGAUUCUAAAAAAGUUGAAAAUGAUUUUCACUCUACCACCUUGAUCAAAAAGUUCGCGGAAACGAACACGAAACAUUACUACAACUCCAUUUCGACCUUGGUACUUAAGCGUAAGUAGCCUAGCCUGUCAUCCCAGAGGUUUAUGGGUUCGAAUCACACGUAAAGCAUGGUCCUCGCCCUUUUCCAAAUUUACCUACUUUCCCUGUUUCUAAAACAAAAAAAAUCUCAUUCCUCAAACCCAAAAACUUAUCCUUUCCAUCCUUACUCCCGCACAAUAGUCAGCGCAUUUUUGCAUUGUGGCUGCUAAAACAAGCAAAAGCAAACAGUUCACAUUGCAUCAGUGGCGCCAACAAGAGGAAGCGGGAAAUAGCGCCAAAUUUAGCGAAGUCCUCAACCAUCUGUGCGAAUCCUUCUGCCAGAAAAAUGUGAAACACAGAUGGCGCUCCACGCAGUAAGAAGGCGUUGUUUCUAAGCAACGACAGGUGGCCUAUCCACCACUUAGGACUGGUAGCGGCAGUCUAAUCACCUUCCCUGUCAGAAAUCAAAUAGAUUAACGAAACCAACGCAAGAUAAGUCUUGUCGAGGCCCUAUGCUUCCGAGAGGUGUGAACGAGGAAAAAAAAAAUCGGUAUAACCAUCAGAGCCGUCUUCGAUUUUCCAUUACUUUCUUUCGGCUAUUAAAACGCUGAAGUGGUUUCCCGUAGUGGUUUUUUAACUCGAUCAAAUAGAAAAAAAAAACAAAAACAUUGAGUUGGCUGUUGUAGCUGUUCUAUUCGUUUCGUUCUUUGACAAAAAUUCACAGAUAAUAAUGGCACUGUGCGACGAUGCGUUCUCAUAGUGCAAAAUCCACGAGUUGUUUUCCCACAAAUCCUUUCUUUUUUGGCGAAUUGUUUCACAUAAACAUCGUUUAAUGUCCAAAUAAUAGUCCUUAUUAACUGUCUGACCUUCUGGCAAAAAUUCGUGGUGUACAAAACCGCUGUAAUCCAUAAAAACUGUGAGCAUCGCUUUCUUUCUUCGAAAAUUUUGUCUGUGAAAACUUCUGAUUUUGUAGUAGAGUGAUUAUAUGCAAAGGAAUAUGUAGCGUUGCUGUGGUCGAAUAGAUCUUUGGCCAGCUGGUGAUUUUUAAGCAGCGAACUGCUUGUGUUGAUUUUUUUUUUUUUUUAAUUGUACAACCGGCUUUUAUGAUAAUUUCUAAUAAACAAUGUUUUUAUUUUCGGUUGCUUUGAAGCACUAGAAAAAAAUUUAAUCUUUUAAUAACUAUGAUGGGUCGAUUUUUUGUUUCAUUAUUAUAUGUUUUGCUGUUUGCUUUUAGUAAUUUUUUUUGUUUUUAUUUUUUUUAGAAUUUGUUUUGGUUGUUUUAGAAUUGUUAAAUCAACAUUUCUUAUAAUUUGUAAUAAAUUAUGUUAAUAUUUUCGGUUGUUUUGAAAUACUUGAAAAAUAUUUAAUCAUUUAACCCUUUGGGGACGAGUGUCGGCAUAUAGUCACCCAAAUUAGCUCGUAGCUGCGAGGCUCGCGACGUCUGUCGUUCUGAGCGAUAAGAUACGCAUAGGUAUAGUAAAAGAGUCAUGUUUCCAUUCAAAGACAUUAGAGGUCAUUAGCGACGAAGUCUUAUCUUCCUUAUAAUGCAAACUUACGAUGUGAGACGACGGUAGAGUCAGAACUAAUUUCAGUUCUUCGAUUCAGUUUCUCAGUGUCACUGUCGAGCGGCUCCGUCCCCAAAGGGUUAAUAGUUUUAUUGCCGAUUUUUUGUACCUCAGUUUAAUUUUUUUGAAUUUUUUUUUUUUCAAAAAUUAAUUGCUGAUUAUUUUUAUGGGUUUUUAAUUUCAAUUUAAUUGAAAUAUUUUUAUUUAUUUCUGUUUAAUUCAUUUUAUUUAAAUUUUAUACAAACUGCAAUAUUUCUGUUCACUUUGGUCCUUACAAACAAAAC